AGUGGCAGCCGUAGAAGUAAGCAACGACCGUAUUAUUGUUGGACGGUCGACGCUGGUCUUUUGCGCCUGCGUUUCACUCGUUCGUCGUGGAUUGACUCUUCGUUAGUUUAUAAUUGACUUAUUUGGCUUUGUUUGCCUGGCUGGUCUCGUUUGUAGCGGAAUCACCGUUGCUGGGGCGGCGCCACCAGCGCCUGUUUGGAGUGGCUUUGGUAUUGGUGCUGUGUAUUAGUGUGGUGUACGUUGUGCCUCGGUCCACUGGUGUUUUCAUUUUCAACAACAAGAUCUGCGUCCGUGGCCAGAAAACCCGGGUUCGAUCUUAUUGACUGUCGCAUUACGGCGAAUGAUUGGAUUUUUUGCAGUUUUCCCAGUUUGCCUUAGGCCCGGUCUAUUACUAUUAUUCUGUGUAUUUGUGGACUGAUUAGAGUAGCAGCCGACUAACAAACCGCACAAUGAGCGAUAGGGAGAUAUCGCCGCGGGACGUCUACGUUCGUGGUGACUCAAGGUCGCGAUCGCGGUCUUUGCGUUCAGAUCGCGACGAACGCGAUGAUCGUCGCAGUCGAUCGAGAAGUCGUAGCCGUGACCACAGAAGGGAUCACCGACGGGAACACAGGGACGACCGGGACUACGGCCGAACGUCAGAACGUGGGAGAUCCCGAAGCAGGUCCCCCAUGAGCAGCAGGAAGCGACACGUAGGUGACCGUGAUCGCCCAGAACCUUCCCGCUGUAUCGGUGUUUUUGGUCUGUCGAUAUACACCAAUGAGCGUGAACUGCGCGACUUCUUUUCCAAAUAUGGUCGGGUGCAGGAUGUCCAGGUUGUGUACGAUGCUCAGACAGGCCGUUCGAGAGGAUUUGGGUUCGUCUACUACGAAAGCGAGGAUGAUGCUAACGAAGCCAAAGAAAAGGCCAAUGGUCUGGAAAUCGACGGUCGCAAGAUCCGAGUGGACUUCUCAAUUACGAAACGAGCGCAUACUCCAACGCCAGGGGUGUACAUGGGGCGGCCGACACGCAGACCGAAGAGAAGCUCAGGAGGCGGUGGUGGCGGCGGUGGCUAUUACGGUGGUGGCGGCGGUGGAGGCGGAGGUGGUGGUCGCGAUCAUAGAGGAAGUGGGCGUCGACACUACACAAGGUCGCCCUCUCCAUACCGCGGUCGUGGGGGCGGUCGUGACCGGUAUCGGGAACGUGAGAGGUCUUACUCGCCUAGGAGGUACUAUUAACGUUCCGAAUGGAGGAGGAGAACCGAGUACCGCGCCAGUACUUUGAUCUGAGAGUGAACAACUCAUAUAUGGAUAUUAGACUAUUUGUGGAGUACGAGCGACCACCACCGUGUUUCAGCCGUAGCUGGAAGGCUGGAAAAAAGCCAAAAUGGGCCAAAUAAAAGAUGCACUCCACAAGAGCUUAUAUUGGCCUAAAUUAUUGAUCUAGAGUGUCGGACUGAAAAAGUAAAACGCGGGUACAGUAAAAUGGACUGUAUGGGCAUCGGGACAAUGGAUUGGACAAGGUCGUCAUAUCAUGCUUGUGUAGUUUGUGAGCGAUGAAAGGAGUAACAAUUUGAACAAUAAUGACAUAGAGCCAUGGUGCGAGGACGAUCACGCCAUAGCAUUGAGAAAGACAUUGACGCUUGUAAAGAAGCGGGCAUUACACUAGAUACUUGGUUGCGUUACGCGCGGUGUGACUAGCAGUUUAAGAAGGUACAAUAAUCAUAAUAAUGAUAAUAAUAUGGGUAAAUUUGUGAAUAUUGAACUGCUCAGACUUUUGUUUCGUUUGAGGGAAAGCAAGAAGCGAGCGGGCAAGGGAAUAACGUCUGACAAAUGCCAGAACGAAGCUACGUUAAUUUCUGCGCAAUGUCUAGCAAAAGCGACGCAUACUCUGCAUAAAAACACGAGCUCGAAAAUUAUGUUGACAACCCUCAUGAAGGCCUACGAGCCAACUCACAAUGGGCUCAUGGAGCAUUACAGUCAUUUGCGUGUUACGAUGAUGGAUUAUGCCUAAGAAAAGGUAUUUCACUGCAUGAAGUAGAGGGCGCACGUUUGCAAGAGCUUGCUGCGACCUAGAUCACGAAUAAAAAACUUAAAUUUCAAAUGUAUAUGUACGAUAAGCGACGCCUCGCUAUUACACGAUAACGAUGUGAAAUUAAACUCUUUUUUAUUAUUAGAAAUUAAUUUUCAUAGUUGGAAUAGGUAAUGCAUGAUAAAAUUAAUGAUGCAAGCCGGCCACUUGACGAAAUCGCAGGGAAAAUCGAACUGCUGGCCAAAUAGUCCAAAGAAAAUCGAACUGCUGGUCAAAUAGUCUGGAAUAACAAUACCUCAACAGGUCUUGAUUUAGAAAUAAGAUAGUCUUAUUACAAUUAGUAUAAAGAUAAAUACUAGAUAUUUGCCCAAUAGGAUUGACCUUUCAAAUAAAAUGGCCUUUUCAUCGUCCGUAUCAUUAUUUGGAAGAAGGUAUUGGAUUCUUACGAAUGCUUUUUCUUGCGUCAGGUUUUGCAAGUAAUUCAAGAUUUAAAUGAAGAUGCGUCAUUGUUGAAGAUGUAGAAUCGAAUAUGAAGAACGAAAAUUGAAGAGGCUAUUUGAUGCGACAUCUAUCUUGAAGUUGAAGCUUAUCUGCGGAGCUAGUGUGAUCGGUUUCUGAGCAUCGAUGUAUAUUUUACGAAGUUUGAUGAAACUAAGCAGGAAAGCGUCCUUUAACGAAGAUAUAGCGAAGCUUCUUUUUGUGUCCUGAGAUUUAUCUGUCCUCUGUGAAGAGUUUCGACUUUCUGCGUAAAGAGAGAGUGAAAACAAUGCUGAACGAAAUCAAUUUUGCCAUCGUAGUGAGCUACAAUUCAUGUGAAAUAUCUAACCUAGAAGACAGAAAAAUUAUAGAAGUUCAAGUGUCCGUCAAACAUUCUGGUAAGUCACUUAUGCUUUUGUAGGCUACGAGUUUUCGCGAAUGUUAACGUAGAUACGGAAACGAAAAACAAACACAAUAACAAGCAAAAAUUUGCCUGUUCAAAAAAAGAGUAAAAAUCUAACACACAGAUAAUCUAAGGCGAUGAUAUAAGUGGAUGAACUUCAGCUACGUCUAUAUAAUAACACAGAAGAAUGGAAUGUCAUGUACAACCACAAAUAUUAAUGAAUAAAGAAACACGAAAGGAGGUGACGCCUAA